AUGACGAAAAUGGAAUUAUCAAAAUUUUGGUUCAAUAACUGGUUGAGACGUCAAAAUUAUAUUAUUGUCACCUUGGAAUUUGCAAUUGCUAUUUUAACACUGUACACUUUGAUAAUGGCAGUUCGAGAUAUUGUUGGACCAACUGCUUUAUUAUUUGAAUCGAUGGAUAACUUAUUUCAUAGUAUUGUUAUGGCUGUCGAUAAUCAGUAUGUGAAGUCGAAUGUGAAUUUCAGUGAUCCUGAGUCACUACACUUAUACAAAUUACUCAGAGGACCAACGCCCACAUUGAUUUUCAUACAUUUAUUAGUGAUUGUAUUCAACUCAAUUUGUAUUGUAUUUGCGUCUAUAUGUCGGGCAGAUUAUUUCAUGAAAAUUAAUAUCGUUGUCAUGAGUUUUCUUCUGAUUGCCGAUGCUGGUGUCUUCUUAACACUGGUGUAUAUAAAUAGAAAAACUCAUAUGUAUAGUUUGAUCAGAGAAUUAGAAGUGUUAGAAUGUUGUGGUAUCUACACGUAUACCGAAUGGUUAAAUCCAUCUAUUAAUUGGAAACGCGAAGUGACUUAUGAUAAUGUAACAUACGAAAUUGAUUUGCCUAUCAGUUGCUGCCCAGAUCUCAUUCCCACCCAACCACCCGGUUGUGCACAGGUUGAAAUCUGUGGACAACCAUUUUCUCAAGGUUGCGGAGAAAUGCUAUUACAGCAUACUUUUUUUCACACUACAAGUAUUCCCGAGAGACUGUAUACCUUGUUGUAUUUUGUUUCACACAUACUCACCAUCACUUUAUAUAUUAUCAAAAUGAAUUUAACUGAACGUAAAAAUGAAAAUCAAUCCCUAUUCUAUGAAGGACGUCUUUUUGAAGAUGGAAAAAGCACAGAUGACACUGAGACAGCUGAGGAACCAGAAGAGGUGCUCAGAGGUCCAGGAACUUCAAGACGUAUUACAGGAUUUAUUUCACAACAGAAAAUUACACAUAAGAGUGAUAGUUAUAUGUAUUGA